CACGGCCCCCGAGUGCUGCCGGGCCAGAGCUCCCAGCUGUCCUCUCCUGCUGCCCAAACACAGCCAGAGCCUCACGCUGCCCACUCUCACACCGCCCGGUUUCACAGCGCAUUCCACACCAUUAAUCACUUCCCAGCACACGGGGCAUAUUGUGCUGCUCUCAGCUUUCCCUUUCGGAAGGCACACGCAAGGCACCAACCCAACUGCGAGCUGCAACAGAUUGCCGAGGGAGCACGGGGAUGGGAUGAAACACAACAAAGCAGAACGAGGGGAGAGCAAAAAGCUGACAGUUGGCCACCUGGCUCAGAAACACCUCUGAAGAGGGGCGUGAGCUUGCACCAGCAUAGGUACAGACACGUAGCGUGCCAAGAUGAGCCGCCAGCUAUGGAGAGCCGCCGUGCCCCAUCCUCGUGGUGAUUGCGACGACAAUUAAUUAGGGCCCAGCACCCCAUCAGGUGCAGGCAGAGUUAACUCUGCUGCCUGCCGGCCCUGUGCAGCGCCAUUGGGCAGCGGCAGCGUCCAUCACAGCGAGGAAGUGACUGCGUGGGGAAGGAGCUGUGCUGUGCUGGGGGACGCGGAAGGAGAGGGAAAAACACCGACACGCAGCGCUGCGAGCGGACACUGCCAGCCCCAGGACAAUGAGGUCGUACCAGAAGCUGAGGACAUCGGUGCCACAGCUGGUAUUGAGCCAGGAGGAGGAGGAGGAGGAAAAUUCAACCACCCCGACAGCUGCUGGCCGCAGCAAGCUGGCCCCAUGGUGGGUGGGCAGCGGGCUGCUGAUCACCGCCGUGCUGCUGAGCACCAUCACCGUCUGGGUGCUGCGACAAGUAUCCAGGGGCUGGCAUGGCCCUGCACCACCUUCCCAAUGCCACCUGGUCCCUGAGAGCCACCGCUAUGACUGCUACCCCGAGAGGAGCGUGGUGGUGACCCAGGAGCUGUGCGAGAGCCGGGGGUGCUGCUUCAUCGAGACCCUCCCUGCAGUGGGGGGCAAACGUGGGGUGCCCUGGUGCUUCUAUCCGCCCAACUUCCCCAGCUACGUGGUGCAGAGCCUCAACCAGACGGUGCUGGGCAUGACGGGGCUGCUGGUGCGCAGGGAGAAGGCCUAUUACCCCAAGGACAUCCAGGUGCUGAGGAUGGAUGUGGAGUUCCAGACGAACACACGGCUGCGCAUCAAGAUAACCGAUGCAGCCAAGCCCCGGUAUGAGGUGCCCCUGGAAGUUCCCCGAGUGAUGAAGAGAGCAGAAAACCCCAUCUACAGCCUGGAAUUCUCCCAGGAUCCCUUUGGGGUGCUGCUGCGGCGCCAAGGGACAGGGACAGUGCUGCUCAACACCACCGUGGCUCCCCUGAUCUUCGCCGACCAGUUCCUGCAGAUCUCCACCACGCUGCCCUCCAGGUUCCUGUAUGGGUUGGGGGAGCACCGCAGCACGCUGCUGCACAGCCUCGACUGGAACACCCUCACCCUCUGGGCCCGUGAUGUGGCCCCCACGGAAUCCUUCAAUCUGUACGGCGCUCACCCCUUCUACCUGCUGAUGGAGGAGGGCGGCGAUGCCCACGGGGUUUUCCUCCUCAACAGCAAUGCCAUGGAGGUGGCCUUGCAGCCUGCCCCGGGCCUGACUUGGAGGACCAUUGGAGGUGUGCUGGACUUCUACAUCUUCCUGGGGCCUGACCCCAACAUGGUCAUCCAGCAGUACCAGGAGGUGAUAGGUUUCCCAGCCAUGCCUCCGCUCUGGGCACUCGGCUUCCACCUCUGCCGCUGGGGCUACGGCUCCAGCAAUGAGACCUGGCAGACUGCAAGGGCCAUGAGGAACUACCAGAUCCCACAGGAUGCUCAAUGGAACGACAUUGAUUACAUGGAUGGGUACCGGGACUUCACCUUCGAUCCCCAGAAAUUUGCCUCUCUCCCCUCACUGGUGGAAGAUCUCCACAAGCACGGGCAGCACUACGUGAUGAUCUUGGACCCCGGCAUCAGCAGCACCAGCCCACGUGGUUCCUACUGGCCUUUCGAUGAAGGCUUGAGACGGGGUUUGUUCCUAAACACCACCCAGGGGCAGCCACUGAUUGGGCAGGUCUGGCCAGGCUACACUGCCUUCCCCGACUUCUCCAACACAGACACACACCAGUGGUGGCUGGAGAACCUGCAGCGCUUCCACACCCAUGUGCCUUUCGAUGGCCUCUGGAUCGACAUGAACGAGCCAUCCAACUUCAUGGAUGGGUCUGAAGAGGGCUGCCCGCCCGGAGAGCUCGACAGCCCCCCGUACACGCCGGCUGUGCUGGGCAAUUCCCUGUCCGCCAAGACGGUGUGUGCCUCAGCGAAGCAGAACGCCUCGGUGCACUACAACCUGCACAACCUCUACGGGCUGAAGGAAGCCGAAGCGACGGCGAGCGCCUUGAUCCAGAUCCGAGGAAAGCGUCCCCUUGUUAUCUCCCGCUCCACCUUCCCCAGCCAGGGCCGGUACUCGGGACACUGGCUGGGUGACAACCGGAGCCAAUGGAAGGACAUGUAUUACUCCAUCCCAGGGAUGCUGAGUUUCAGCCUGUUUGGGAUCCCUCUGGUGGGGGCCGACAUCUGCGGCUUCUCUGGCAGCACCUCGGAGGAGCUGUGCACCCGCUGGAUGCAGCUUGGGGCCUUCUACCCCUUCUCCCGCAACCACAACACCCAGAACGAGAAGGCCCAGGACCCCACAGCUUUCAGCCCCUCAGCAAGGACAGCCAUGAAGGACGUGCUGCUCACCCGCUACUCCCUCCUGCCCUUCCUCUACACACUUUUCCACCGUGCCCACCUGCAGGGGGAAACCGUCGCCCGACCUUUGUUCUUUGAGUUCCCCUGGGAUGUGGCCACAUAUGGCUUGGACAGGCAGUUCCUGUGGGGCCAGAGCUUGCUGGUGACCCCGGUGCUGGAGCCUGGAGCAGACUCGGUGUUGGGCUAUUUCCCCCAAGGCGUGUGGUACGACUUCUACACGGGCUCCUCUGUGAACAGCAGUGGGGAGAUGUUGAAGCUGUCAGCCCCCCUGGACCACCUCAACCUCCAUCUCCGGGAGGGUUCCAUCCUGCCCACACAGAAACCCGGGACCACCAGCAAGGCCACCCGAGGGAACCCACUGCUUCUCAUUGUGGCCCUGUCCCCACGUGCCACUGCCUGGGGGGACCUCUUCUGGGAUGACGGCGAGAGCCUGGACACCUUCGAGCGGGGCAACUACUCCUACCUGGUCUUCAAUGCCACAGAGAACAUCUUCACCUCCAACGUCCUCCAUGCCAGCACCGAGGCCAACUAUGUCACUGUUGAUACAGUGAGAUUCUAUGGAGUGCAGGAGCCGCCCAGCAAGGUCCUCCUAGAUGGGCAGGAGAAGCCCUUCUUCUACCUGGACAACCAGGUCCUCACCGUCAGUGGCCUCGGGCUCGGGCUCAGCCAGGGCUUCACCCUGCAGUGGCUGUGAGCUGGGGGGGCACGGGGCUGCCUUGCCAUGACCUGCUGUGCACGUUCCUGCUCCAGCCCUCAGGGCCAGGAUGGUAACACAGGGACUGUCAUCUGUCAUCACCCGCUGCUGCAGAUGGGGGCAGGGGACGUGGGGAUGGGGU